AUGAGCAUUUGCAAACCCCACAUAUCCUUCAAGGUUCUUCUGUUGAGCUACUUUGUGAACAACACAUUUCCAUCAUUUCCAGUGUUGAAGACAUUGAUAGAACACAUCCAACCAUGGCGCCGGCGGUGCGCUGCAGGCGCUGGGCUGCGGCUCGCUGCCCUCCCUCCGCCGCGGCGGCGCGGACCGAGCUGCCCCCUCCUCCUCCUCCUCUUCCUCCUCCUCCUACUCCUCCGCCGCUACCGCCGCCGCGGCGCGCCUCUGCCCCGCCGCCUCUCCAACGCCCUCUGCGCCGAUCCCGCCGAGGGGCCGCGGCUCUUCCACACGGCGCCUACGCGCGCAGGCGGCCGGACGCGCUUAACGGCUCGGCUCCGCGCUCCCGGCGCCGCCUCCUCCGUCCCUCGCCGCCGCCUCGCACGCCCGCUCGCACGGCCCCUGCCCGCCUCUCCCGACGCGCAGCGCCGGCGGCUUCCGGCUCGGCCCCUCGGCUCGGCGCGGGACUUCGCAGGGCACUCGCUGCCUCUCCCCACGUCUCUUUCCUCGCCCCCGCCUCUCGCGGCGCGAGGUUCGGCUGCUAUUUCCUCCCCGCCCGCCCCCUCUUCGCCGCGUCCCGUGUCAGAGAAAAAAGGUCCGCUCGGCGGCCAUUUUGGAACCGGGCACGCGCCGGAACGCCAAAGCCGCAUCGGCGGGCCGCGGGAUUUGCCCGCAACAAAGAUGGGUGGCGGCUUCGACGGGUCGGGCGGGACGGCUACGGCUCCCCUCCUUUUUGUGGAACGCCGUCACCCCAAGCGCGGAUUGCGGAUCCCGCCGGGCGCUGAGGAGAGGCGGGCGGAAGAGCGGUACCCGGAGCUGCUCCUCGGGCACGUCCGUCUCCCCGCCGCACCGUCGCGAGGAGUCCUGCCGACACCGGCCGAGGAGAGGGCUGGAAGCGGGCUCUCCCCUCCUCGCAAUAAAGCCCGCAGUCCCGUUCACGGCUCGCAACUCGCGGCGCUGCCGCCUCCCUCCCCUCGCACGGGCGGGCACGGCCGCUUCCCGGCUCGGGAAGAAGGGCGGGUGGCCUCGCAACGGCCGCGCUGCACUUCAGACCGGGGCUCCUGGUCGCCACCGAGGGUUCCGCCUUCCCGAUGUAAAAAGGGGGAUUUUUGUGAGGCAAGCGUGAGCUCUGGUCGCCGAAACUGAAGUGAAAGAGCUGCUAAAUCAUCUCUUCCGCCGCCGGGACCCGUCAAUAGGUCCAAAGUCUGCCCUUCUGGCCAACGGCGGGGGGAUGCAGUGAAAAGUUAUUAAAACGUACCGUUGGAAGAUGCCACAUAAAGCCCUUCCACGAGUGUUCCUACACCCUGUAAAUCACACUGCUACGACAGCGCUCGGCUUAGUGUAGCCCUGGCACUCCAAAUUGGUGCCUCUAAGUCCUGCCUCCGCCCCUAAGGAGCUCAGCUGUGGUGCUGGGAAAGGGGCACGGCAAAAUAAGCAAAAAAGAAUUACUUUUGCCCUUCCCAUUCAACUGCAGACCUCGCUGUUGUGUUGUACUUUCAUACCUGGGUCAUCUCUUUGGAGCCAUUUAAGCUCCUGGAUGCUUUACGCCCUCACUGAGAUGCUGGAUACCUGUAUUUAUGAUGUGUGAUCUGAAACCUUACACCCCUUUUGUGUUUGGGAUUUCUGAGCGUGGUCUCAAGGUUCCUUGGCUUUUCUUUCUCACAAGACAUUGCAUUUCUCAAGUAAAGUACUCAGCAAAAAAGGGAAACAUGCUGAAUUUGUUGUGUCUGUGAUAUAUUUCAUUUCUACUAUUUUUAAGGGUACAUUUUAAGAGGACGAUGGGGUACUGGAAGGAUGAAAGUAGGAAGUUCCAUUUCAAUAGCUGAAGUGGGCAUGUUGUUAAAGCAGUGAUUGAGUAGGUAGAGUCGCAGCAAGGCAGAAAAGAACAGCUAUGAAGGGGCUAAGACAGUCCUUGGUUCUUUCUGAUUCCCACCCAAUUCUUUCUCAUCUGUGC